AUGGCAGAAUUUCGCUCUCCACUCAAAAGGGUUGCCUUUAGGUCAUCCAAGGCAAUUCUGCCAUUUUCAUCAACAGCCGCCUUCACAGCCGCCACAUUGGCCACCACUUUGGCGGUGGCUCACCAGCCGCAUUCGGACCUGUUGUCGUCGCUGUCUUCAUCGCGAGGAAAGAAGCCGGUGCCCUCAGGGGACUGCUCUUUUCUGCUCACUGGGCCCCACGCAGCAGCUUGUCGACUCCGCAGCUCUGCCAAGUGGAACAGAAACACGCGUGCUGCCACUAAUCAUCGACGUUUCCGGUCUCGACUCUGGCUCUUCUUCUUCUUCUUCGAGGACGUCGCUGUGAAGGAUGAAUCCCCGAGAAUUGAGCAAGCGGAACGACGACGCCGACAUCGGUUGCUGUCGACGAUAUCGCCCCUGGCCAUCAAAUAUUCACCGUUCGCAGCAUAUGGAGCCGAGCACGGCUUGUAUCAAACAUUCAUCAUGCUCAAUUUGGAACCCGAGGGGGCAGAAAAAGCUUGCAUCUCUUCUCCUGUUGCUGCUGCUGCAUGA